UCAACAAAACAGGAAAGUAGACUCGUUUUAUUUAAAGUUAUUUUUUAAAAGUUAAUAAUAUGAAGUUAACUUUACGACGUUACUCCUUAUUGUUAUUGCUGCAAUUUACAUUUCUGUUAGCUGAUUUGUUUUUCAAUACUUUUGCKCAUAUUUUUCUGAGGGAUAAACUUCAAUUAUCUAUUGUUUUUUAUGUCACUCAAGACAUUCUCAUCAUUUGUGAAUAUGUGUUCUUCACUUUUGCUGUGCAUUCAACUUGCGUUUAUGAGGUCGGCGGUGCCUCUAUAAUUUUCCGAAGCUGUAAAUUCUUCCUAAUCACUACUCUGACAUAUUUUAUACUUUCGGCCACGCAACAUUUAUGGAUUGUUUACAAUGUUAUGUGGGCGCCAAAUGCCGAUUGGUCUAGCACUUUAACAGCAUUGGCAUUUUUCCAGCGAUUAGUAUCCUUUGUUUAUUAUUACGCCUGUAAACAUACGGCUUUAGUUGUAUCCGAUCCUCGUUAUGAUGAAGAAAAUAUUGAUUGGAUUGCCGAGCAAUUGAGUGUAAAGUAAUUCCCGUUAAGGAGUAUAACUAAAAGAAACAUCAUUCCUUAACUUUACGUUUGAAAAUAUUAA